GCCGAUCAACCGCCGAUCAACCGCCGAUCAACCGCCGAUCAACCGCCGGUCGUCGUUGGGCACUGUGGCGCACCGGCCCAAGGCCAAGCACGAGCAAGUCGGUCUUCACCUGCGAUUCCCGGCUCUGCGAUGGCCCGUUCGAUUCGCCUCGGCCUCGCCCUCGUUGGGAUCGCCGUUCCGCUGCUGCUGCUCGUCUUCGUCGCCUCUCGCCUCCCUCCCACCACCACAUCCACCUCGUCGCCUGGCCUCGACCGCGCCGCCUUCGCUCCAUCGCCUGCAAUGUCCGUCGCCCCUCUCAAGAGUGUCAUCGUCCCGGCCGUCGCCAACCACUCGGCCACGGUCGUCUUCCUGCACGGCCUCGGCGACAGCGGAUACGGCUGGCAGCCUCUUGCCCUGGUUCUGGCUCGUCAAUUCCCCCAUGUCAAAUGGGUCCUGCCGAAUGCCCCCAACCGGCCGAUCUCGAUCAACAUGGGCAUGCGCAUGCCUGGAUGGUACGACAUCAAAGCCCUUACUCCCGAUGGAGAAGAAGAUGGCCCGGGCAUCAAGCAGAGCGCUGCUGCAAUUCGCCAGCUGAUCCAGGACGAAAUCGACAGCGGCAUCCCAGCCUCGCGCAUCGUCCUCGGCGGGUUCUCCCAGGGAUCGGCCAUGAGUCUGUACACGGCCCUCACCACCGACAAGAAGUUUGCGGGUGUGAUUGCCCUCAGCGGAUACCUGCCGCUCUCGAAGCAGAUCCUGGAGUCUCAUAAGGAUACCAACAAGGAAACGCCCUUCCUGCUGGGCCAUGGUGACGAAGACGACGUCGUUGCCCUCAACUGGGGCAAGAUGUCGACUGCGGCCCUCACAAAUCUAGGCUUCAAGAUUAACUUCAAAGUCUAUCGCGGCAUGGGUCAUUCGACAUGCGAGCAAGAGAUCCAAGACAUUACUCAGUUCCUGAAGAGCGAGUGCAAGUUCUGAGCGCUGAGGGGGGGGGAAAUGCGGUUGUGAUUUAGUCACCUUCCACUCGGCACAGCAACAAGUUCCCUGAUGCACACCACGCCCCGAGCAAAUGCCUUUUGAAACAGAGCCAGAAACUCCAGAACCGGUCACCCCACGAUACAAAUACAAUGUGCUUGCGAACUCUGGUGUA